AUGGAAGGCAACCAAUCAUGGAUCACAGAAUUCAUCCUGAUGGGAUUCCAGCUCAGUGAAGACAUGGAAUUGUUCCUCUUCAUUAUCUUCUUCCUAUUAUAUACUUUCAAGCUGCUGGCAAAUGGCAUGGUCUUGGGACUCAUUUGCCUAGACCCCAGACUGCACUCCCCCAUGUACUUCCUUUCUCAUCUGGCCAUAAUUGACAUAUCCUAUCCUUCCAGCAAUUUGCCCAAUUUGCUGGCAAACCUAGUGAAACACAAAAAAACUAUCUCAUUUGUCUCAUGCACUAUGCAGAUGAUUUUUAAUUUGACUUCUGGUUCUAUAGAGUGCCUGAUUUUGUUGGUGAUGUCCUAUGGCAGGUAUGUGGCAAUCAGCCAUCUCCUCCAGUACACUGUCGUCAUGAACCGGAGAGUGUGCACGUUCCUCGCCAUCACUUCCUGGGCAUGUGGAUUUUCACUGGCCCUAGUACAAGUAAGUCUCUUUCUAAGGUUGCCCUUCUGUGGGCCCCAGAAGGUGAACCACUUCUUCUGUGAAACCUGAUCUGUCCUCAAAGUGACCUGUGGUGAAAUCUGGAUCAAUGAAAUGUUCCUCUUUGCUGAUGGUGUGUUUAUCUUAGUUGGACCCCUUUCCUUGAUGCUGGUUUCCUAUGUGAGCAUCCUCUGGGCCAUCCUGAAGAUCCAGUCAAAAGAGGGCCGCAAGAAAGCCUUUUCCACCUGCUCCUCCCACCUCUGUGUGGUUGGGUUCUACUUUGGCAUAGCCAUGAUGGUUUACUUGGCCCCUGACAAUAGUCAACGAGAGGAGCAGCAGAAAAUCCUUUUCCUGUCUUACACUCUCUUCAACCCAUUGCUGAACCCCCUUGUCUACAGUCUACGGAAUGCUCAAGUAACUGCCUUCCACAGAGUAUUGCAGAAAAAAAGGACAAUGUGA